UCAAUGCGCAUGUGCAUUGCCAACCAACUUCCGUUUGUUGUUUUGCCGGUGGAUGUUUAUGGAGCGUGUUUUAUUUUGGUGCAGGUUUAAAUGUAUUGAGGAGGUCCAUGUAAAAUUGAUUUAAAACAAUUAAUUGCGAAGAUCUCGGGAUGAUUGAGGUGGUGGCAAAACUCCUUCGUGGCCCGGUGUUUCUGACCGGCGAAGUAAUGGAGUGUGUUAUAACUUUCACCAAUCCUAUGACUGCCCGCUCCACCUCGGCCAGCAGUGAGAUGUUGGCAUGGGCAAGUGCUCAGAUACAUUGCCAGUUUCAUACCAGUGAAAGUCGUGUUGCACUACCACCUUCUGAAGAUACAAAGCAUGAUGUGCAGGCAGAGAAUGAAACUGUUUUUGUUCCAAACAGAGGUGAGCGAGGGAAAUGUAUUCUAGCUACUCCACCCAAGAUACUGUUCUGUGACUUGCGACUUGAUCCUGGUGAAUCAAAAUCCUAUUCUUACUGUGAACCUGUACCACUUGAUGGUCCACCUUCCUUCCGUGGUCAGUCAGUGAAAUAUGUUUAUAAAUUGACAGUAGGCUGUCAAAGGGUCAAUUCUGCAAUCAAACUUCUGCGGGUUCCUUUUCGGGUUUUUGUUGUUUAUGGGUUGGAAGAUUACCAGUUUCCUCCAGAUGAUGCUGUAGCUCCCACAAAUCCAUUUUUGGAUGAAGAUGAGAACGUUAAAAAAGACACAAGAUUAGUAGAUCUGGCAACAGAAAUGCUGAUGACCAGCACAUCCCGCCGUAGUCUUCAUUUGUAUAACAUUACUAAUGUGCGAGGGAAGGUUGGAAAAUUUUGCAUCUUCAAAACAAUCUAUAAAAUUGGAGAGGAUGUAGUGGGCACAUUUGAUUUCUCUGAAGGCGAUAUUCCAUGUUUGCAGUUUUCAGUGUCUUUACAAACUGAAGAGCAUGUCCAGGAAGAAUACCAGAGAAAACCAGGGCAGCCUGUUUCCCUUAGCACACAUGCUCGACACCAGGAGUCAUGUUUGCAUACUGCCAAGACUCAUUUCAGUUUACCUAUUCCACUUAGUGCCACUCCCAGCUUUAUGACCGCUGUAGUAACCUUAAAGUGGCGUUUGCAUUUUGAGUUUGUCACAGCUCGUGAACCAGUGGAACCGCCUACCGUACUUGAGAAUCAAUCAGAAAUAAUUACUUGGACUGGGACAGGGAAGAUUGAUGUGGAUACAUUCAGCUGGGAUCUGUCCAUGAAGGUGCUUCCAACCAAUCCUGUACUUGCAUCCUAUGUCUCACAAUUUGCAUCUUCUAACUCCAUCAGUAUUUGAACUACAUUAAUUUCACUUCAGCUGUGGAGCAGUUCGUUGAAAAAUGUUCAACCACUGAACUUAAAAAGUUUAAAUUUUAAUAACAGCAAUGAUACAAAAGAAACAAAUGAAAAAUUAAGAAAGAACAUUGACAUUGAUGCUCCAAGUACACCAGUAGUGCUAAUUGGGGUUACUGGAAGAUAAUCACAAAGUGAGACAUCAGAAUAUUGUUGUUCAGAAGUGAGCAGUAUUAUUUUAUGGAAAUAGCAUUUGAAGACCAGGAUUUAUGGUGACUAAAAUUUCUUCUAUUCACUACAUUCAAAGACGUCAGCAGAGAAAAACAAAUGCACUUUCAUAUUUUCUUCUAUUUUUUUAAAAAACUGUCAAUUUCAAAAAAGCACUUGAAUUGAAAACUGCUUGUACUGAAGAUUCUUUCGUGACUAUUUUGCAUGUAUCAAGUGAUUUUAUGGCUUUUGAAAUAUAACGGGUAAAUUAAUAAUGGCUAGCAAGAAACGUCAUUGACAUGGAUUUUCUAAUUACUGAUGUAUUUUAAUGUAAUUUGCCUGAAACCCAUGAAGCGAGGAUACUGGAACCUAACUAUUUAUUCUCAUUUACAGGUGUAUAGCUUUCAAUUCAUACUUAAGAUUGAUAGUGUGCUGUUCUUGAGAAUUCUACAUUUUGUUUUCAAAGUACACUUAUAGUCAUUGAAUUAUGACACCAGUUAAUAAAUCUUAAUUAAUAUGCCAUUACCAGUUAGUAUCCACAAUGCUUCCAAUAUAUUUUACUUACUAUUGCUGAAAUGCGUGGCACCAGGAGAAAUGAUGGAAACUGGCAGGUGAAUCCCUUGCCUCUGCUGACAAACUUCUUGUUACUCGAUCUUGAUUGUUUUUCUUUUAUUUUUAAAGAAAAUGUUCAUCAAAUUAUAUUUUUCUCAACUUCUUCCGUGAAUAGUUUUCAAGAGAAAUAAACUAACAAAUUCUGAGAAACUUUGCAGAAAAUAUUUGCUUCAGUGUGUCUUGUUUCAUAUGAAUGAAACAUAUUCACUUUUUAAAAUUACUAGUGUUUCGUACUCUUUUUCUACAUUUAAUAUAAUGUAGCCUUCAGUUUAACUGGGAUUAGUAAAUUCCCAUUCAUUUUUGAAUGCAUUGUCAAUUUUCAGAUCCUGAUAUCUGAUGAAGGCUAAAAGUUUUUUAUUACUAUAAGGUUUUAAAUCUGGCUACCUGUAUUUUCCCAAUGACUUUUAAUUAUAAUCAUAUUUGUAGUUUUAAAUUUGUUAAGGCCAUCAUGUGCAUAGCCCUAUCAUUGUAUCAUUCAGGCAUCUGGUUUCAUUUCAAAGUUAUUUAUUUUUUGUCCUAACCUGGGUUGUGUGCUCUUUGGCAAUAUGCAGAAGCUUAGAAAAUCCCAGCACAUGGACUUACUGGACACUAGGCUUUCCAUUUGGGAAAUAGUCUUGUUUAUUUCAUUAAAAUUACUUUGACAACUUGCUGCAGAUCAUUAUUUACAUUGCAUUUAAAAUGGAAAAAGUGCAUUAAUCAUAAUGGUGAAAGCUACAAUACUUGCUGUAUUCCAGAUGUUACAAAAUAGAAUAUUUGUAUAGUUUGUAUUCUAGGUAAAUCAAAUGUUUUGACAGUUGUUAGAAUUUAAGACUUAUU